UUUGAGUGAGCGUGCACGACGCGCCUGCGCAACACAAAAAAAUGUUUAAAAAUAGAACGAUUUAAAAAUCUCAUUCCAUCAGAAGUGUCAAUUGUGUUCCAUUUUCAAAAUUAUGACUAUUUAUUAUUUGGAAAUUGUGUAAAACAGAGAAGAAAUGAUCGCGUUUAGUAAAGUUGGAGUGAGACAGUUGAUCAAGUGGAAGGAGUAUCGUGCAUGUGAACGAAUCAAGUACCAUUCUGGAGCGGGAGUGUUCGGGCAUCGACCGCGAGACUUCAACGAAGCCGAUAUUCCAGAAAACCUUAUUGUGAAAAGGUACGAGAACUGUCGGGCGCAGCAACUAGUUAACGCUUAUCGGGCGUACGGCCAUCUGAAAGCUUCCAUUGAUAAUGUAGAUUACAGAAAAGAUAAAAGAUUAGUAAAAGAGUUGAAUCUGGCGAGGUACGGACUCAAUCCACAGGAUUCCAUUGAUUUGGGAUUGUUGUACGGAUACGACGGCAAACAGACGGCUCAGCAACUUGUUGAUCAGUUGGAAAAUAUCUAUUGUGGAAAUAUAUCUUACGAAUUUUCAUAUUUAGAGACAGAAGCAGAAAGAGAAUGGUUUGCUCAACGCAUAGAAGCGAGCUCAGAUCUAAUUAAUAAUGAAAGAAGAACAGAAAUUCUAAAGGAACUUCUACAUUCACAAGCAUGGGACAAGUUCCUAAGCGUAAAGUUCCCUACGGUAAAGCGCUACUGUGGCGAAGGCGCAGAAUCUCUAUUAACAUUCUUUUCUACAUUAUUUGGAUUAACAACUGCAGAAGGAGUACAACAAGUAGUACUCGGUAUGGCACACAGAGGUAAACUUAACGUACUAAGCGGAUUGUUAAAGUGCCCGCCUGUGAAGAUAUUCCACAAGUUCACCGGCAAACCUGAGUUCCCGACUGAAGCGAACGCGGCCUGCGAUAUAUCAACACAUCUGAGUGCAUCAGCCGAUAUAACAAUAAACAACAAGACAGUAAGGUUUUCUCUACUAAAUAAUCCAUCACAUUUAGAGGCAGCAAAUCCGGUUUCUAUGGGAAAAACACGAUCUAAACAAUUAAAGUUAAAAGAAGGUGAUUACUCGGAAGAUGGAUCGUCUAGAAUGGGAGACAAAGUGCUUAAUGUUCAGAUUCACGGCGACGCCGCUUUUACUGGCCAAGGUAUAAAUCAGGAAACCUUAAUGCUCUCGCAAGCUCCGCAUUUCGAUGUCGGCGGUUCAUUACACGUUGUUGUUAACAAUCAAGUCGGGUUCACUUUGCCGGCGGAGCGCGGUCGCUCGUGUCGGUACGUGACUGACUUAGCGAAAGCCAUCUCCGUACCGGUGAUACACGUCAACGGGGACUAUCCAGAGCUAGUCGUAAAAGCGACGAACAUAGCGUUUGAAUAUCAGAGACGUUUCCGCAAAGACGUUUUCAUAGACUAUAACUGCUUCCGACGCUGGGGACAUAACGAGCUUGAUGACCCAACAUUCACAAACCCACUGCUCUACAAACUUAUUCAUAAUAGAAAAUCGAUACCGGAUCUGUACGCCGCGAGGCUUGUUACCGAAGGUUUGCUAAAUCAAGACGAUGUGGAUAAAAUAUCCGCGGACUACACCAAGUAUUUGCAAGCUCAAUUCGAAUCUGUCAAUUCUUAUACGCCUGAGGUGACAUAUUACCAAGAGCAAUGGACUGGUAUUUCUCCAGCUCCUAAAGCCGUAGAAACAUGGGACACAGGUGUUAACGAAGAAUUGUUGAAACAAGUCGGAAUUGCCUCCGUUACUGCACCAAGUGAUUUUAACGUACAUUCCCACUUAGCGAAAACUCACGUUAGGAAUCGUUUGAAUAAGAUAUCCGAUGGAAGAGAGAUUGAUUGGGCUACGGCUGAAGCUUUAGCUUUUGGGUCUCUACUCAUGGAGGGUCGGCACGUGCGACUGUGCGGAGAGGACGUUGGUCGAGGCACUUUCUCUCACAGGCACGCCAUGCUCGUCGACCAGCAGACUGAGAACAUAUAUAUACCACUCAAUCACAUACAUAAAGAACAGAAAGGAUUCUUAGAGGUCGUGAAUUCAAUCCUAUCGGAGGAGGCGGUCCUGGGCUAUGAAUACGGCAUGGCGUACGACUCGCCGGAUAAUUUAUGUAUAUGGGAAGCCCAAUUCGGUGAUUUCUACAACGGCGCGCAAAUUAUUGUUGAUACGUACAUCGCUUCUGGUGAAGCGAAAUGGGUGAGAAGCAACGGCCUAGUAAUGUUGCUGCCGCACGGCUACGACGGUGCGGCCUCCGAGCACUCCUCCUGCAGGCUGGAGAGGUUCCUGCAGCUCACUGACAGUAAGGAGACAGCCCCGGAUAGUGAGGCUGUCUGUAUGCAUGUAGUUAACCCGACCACGCCCGCACAAUACUUCCAUUUGCUGAGAAGACAGGUCGUUCGUAACUAUAGAAAGCCAUUAAUAGUCGUAGCUCCAAAAGUUUUGCUGCGAUUGGCGGACGCUGUCUCUCCCCUGUCCGACUUCGUCCCGGGGACACACUUCAAACCUGUCAUCGGUGACACUAUAGCUGAUCCAUUAAAAGUUAAACGAGUGAUAUUAGUCAGCGGGAAGCAUUACUAUGAAUUAAAUAAAGAAAGAAUAAAAGAGAAUAUAGAAGACAUUGCUAUUUUAAGAGUGGAAUCCCUCAGUCCCUUCCCUCUGCAAGCGCUGCAGAUGGAAAUUGAGAAAUACUCAAACGCUAGAAAAUAUAUCUGGAGUCAAGAAGAGCAUAGAAACAUGGGAGCUUGGACAUUCGUCAAACCUCGCUUUGAAAAUCUGCUCGGAAGAAAGUUGAUAUAUGCGGGCAGGGCCGAGGCAGCUACCCCAGCUGUCGGCGCCGGCACAUUACAUCGUGUGGAGGUCGAGCACGUGCUGAAAGAGCCGCUGUAUAACAUAAAAUAACAUCAUACUAGAUGUUUCAUGAAAGAACAGUUAAAGAAUAUCUGUAAUAAAGGUUUAACAAAAG